AUGAAAAUUUCUCAUCAAUUAAUUCGUUCAGUUCUUCGAAUUCUUCAUUGUCUCGGAGCAUUUUUUGGAUUUUUUGUAUUUAUUUAUGAAUUAUUCAUUCAACGUAACAUAUUAUACGCCAUAUGUUAUGCUUGUUAUCUUCUUUCAACUGGUGCAAUACUUUAUCUUUUAUUUGCUCGUAAACGACCAAAUAGUCGAUUUGCAUAUGGAACACUUUUUGCAAUGAUUUUUGUUACGAUAUUAUUUUUUCUAAGUGAUAUUUAUGAAUCACUGACAAUAGUUUCUCAAAUAAUUAAAGAACUUAUUGGUCAUAUCGAACAAAAUAAAGAUAUAAGUCCAUCUAUAAAAGCUAUAAUUGAAGUUAGCAAAUGUUGUUCAAUUAAUGAUGAAAAACAUACAAAAGAAAAUUUUCAAAAUUUUCAAACAAAAUAUCCUGAUACCUGUGGUAAUAUUCUAUUUGAUGAUGCAAAAUCAUGUUUACCAUUUAUUCGUAAUCAAAGAAGUUUAAUGAUAUUUGUUGAUUGUAUUACGAUUAUUUUUCGUGUAUUAACAUUAUUUUUAUUAUGGAAAUAUAUCAAAGAUGAAUAUAAUGAUCAUAAUAAUGAUGAAUCGAUGAAUUUGUCACAUGUUGAUGGAGAAUAUUCAACAGGAAAUGUUAUUGCUUAA